UCUAACCACUGUUUUAUUUCCCAUAGUGCCAACCAACGCCCUGUGGCUCCAGGACACUGUGGAAUGCUUAAGUGGCAGCUAGACACAACCACUGAACCAGAUAAAUGUUGUUUAAGUGGCCGGCCCAGCUUCAGUGGCUGAAUGACUGAGGUUUUGGCAGGUGCUCGUGGGUGCCAGCCCCUGGUGGGUGAGUGCACACAUUCACGAUGUCUCUGAGUAAUGAAAAGAAAGUGAACAUCUCUACGCUGAGGAAAAUAGCAGCCGACAUGAGCAACAUAAUCGAAAGCCUGGACACAAGGGAGCUCCACUUUGAAGGGGAGGAGGUGGACACGGACAUGCUGCAUGAGCCCAAAACACCUGUGGCCAUUCCAUUCUCCACCAUUUAUAACACUAAAGGAUUUAAAGAGGCUCACUUACAGCUCUACCUAACCGGGUGUCCAAUCCGAGUGCACGUUCUGGAAGUGGAACGUUUUACCUCUUCUACAAAGGUACCUUCUUCACACGUUUAUACCAUUGAGUUGACCCAUGGGGAAUUUACAUGGCAAGUGAAAAGGAAAUUCAAGCACUUUCAAGAGCUCCACAGAGAACUGCUAAGAUACAAAGCUUUUAUACGGAUUCCCAUCCCCACAAGAAGACACACAGUACGAAGACAGACCAUCAAGAGAGGAGAAACAAGACAAAUGCCAAGUCUACCACGUACCUCUGAGAACAUGGUUAGAGAAGAACACUUGUCCAGUAGAAGAAAACAACUGGAAGAUUAUUUAACCAACCUCUUAAAAAUGCCCUUGUACAGGAACUACCAUGGAACAAUGGAGUUCAUCGGAGUGAGCCAGUUAUCAUUUAUCCAUGAUCUUGGACCAAAGGGCAUAGAAGGCAUGGUCAUGAAAAGGUCUGGAGGGCACAGAAUUCCGGGCUUGAAUUGCUGUGGACAAGGAAGGCUGUGCUACCGAUGGUCAAAAAGGUGGUUAGUAGUAAAGGACUCUUUUUUAAUGUACAUGAAGCCAGAUACUGGAGCCAUUUCCUUUGUCCUGCUGGUAGAUAAAGAAUUCAGCAUAAAGAUUGGCAAGAAGGAGACUGACACUAAAUAUGGGCUACGAAUAGACAAUCUCUCCAGGUCACUGAUUUUGAAGUGCAACAGCUACAGGCAUGCUCGGUGGUGGUGCCAAGGAAUAGAAGAAUUCAUUCGGAAAAAUGGCAACAACUUUCUCAAACAUCACAGAUUCGGCUCUUACGCGGCUGUUCAGGAGGAUACUUUGGCAAAGUGGUACGUGAAUGCAAAAGGGUAUUUUGAAGAUGUUGCAAAUGCCAUGGAAGCAGCUAAGGAAGAGAUUUUCAUCACGGAUUGGUGGCUGAGCCCAGAAAUUUUCAUGAAACGGCCGGUGGUGGAAGGGAAUCGCUGGAGACUGGACUGCAUUUUGAGGCGGAAAGCGCAACAAGGAGUGAAAAUCUUUGUGAUGCUCUACAAAGAGGUAGAGCUUGCUCUUGGGAUCAACAGCGAGUACACCAAGCGCACCUUAAUGCAUCUGCAUCCCAACAUUAAGGUAAUGAGGCACCCAGAUCAUGUGUCAUCCACUGUUUACUUGUGGGCCCACCAUGAGAAACUGGUGGUCAUUGACCAGUCCAUAGCUUUCGUUGGAGGCAUUGAUCUGGCUUAUGGCAGGUGGGACGACAAUGAGCACCGACUGACCGAUGUUGGCAGUGCAAAACGGAUGCCAGCAACCAAGUCUGAGUCUGCAGUGAAUCUCUCUUCUUCAGCAGAAGCAGCUCAACCCUCAACCAAUAGGUCGCAGAGAGAGCUGUCAUUGCAAGAAAACGAGGACACCCCGGAUCUUUCAAGAAUGAAAGGGAUAGGACGGACUAAGAAAUUUGCCAGGUUCAGCAUCUACAAGCAGCUCCACUGGCAUGGCCUAUACCAUGCAGACAGUGUAAGCAGCGUAGACAGCGAGUCAAAUAAAGGUUCAAUCCGUAGCUUGAAGACGGGUGUUGGAGAGCUUCAGGGUGAAACCAGAUUCUGGCAUGGAAAGGAUUAUUGCAACUUUGUCUUCAAAGACUGGGUCCAGCUUGAUAAACCUUUUGCUGACUUCAUUGAUCGCUACACAACACCAAGGAUGCCAUGGCAUGACAUUGCUUCGGUGGUGCACGGGAAAGCGGCUCGGGAUGUGGCUCGGCACUUUAUCCAGCGCUGGAACUUCACCAAGAUCAUGAAAUCUAAAUACAGAUCCCUUUCCUACCCAUUCCUGUUGCCAAAAUCUCAGAAGACAGCUGAUGAAUUGAAGUACCAGGUCCCUGAAUCCAUUUCUGCCAAGGUGCAGGUCCUCCGCUCUGCUGCUGACUGGUCUGCUGGGAUCAAAUACCAUGAGGAAUCCAUCCAUGCUGCUUAUGUUAGUGUGAUAGAAAACAGCAAACACUACUUAUACAUAGAGAACCAGUUUUUUAUUAGCUGCGCUGAUGACAAAGUGGUAUGCAACCGGAUUGGAGAUGCCAUUGCACACCGAAUUCUCAAGGCCCACAGGGAAAAUAAACGAUACCGAGUCUACAUAGUAAUCCCCCUGCUUCCAGGAUUUGAAGGGGAUAUCUCUACAGGAGGAGGAAACGCACUGCAGGCAAUCAUGCACUUUAACUACAGGACCAUGUGCAGAGGAGAUAAUUCGAUCAUGGGACAGCUGAAAGCCGAGAUGGGAGACCAGUGGAUUAAUUACAUCUCCUUCUGUGGGCUUCGAAACUAUGCUGAGCUGGAUGGGAAGCUUGUCACAGAGCUAAUCUACGUUCACAGUAAGCUGAUGAUUGCUGAUGACAACACAGUCAUCAUUGGCUCUGCUAACAUCAACGACCGCAGCAUGCUAGGGAAACGAGACAGUGAAAUGGCCGUCAUCGUGCAGGACACAGAAACGGUUCCUUCCGUGAUGGACGGGGAGGACUACAAGGCUGGAAAAUUUGCUCAGUCUCUCCGCCUUCAGUGCUUUAGAGUUGUCCUAGGCAGUUCAUUAGAUCUUAAUGAUAUCCUAGAUCCUGUUUGUGACAGAUUCUUCAAGGAAGUCUGGGUUGCAACAGCUGCACGCAAUGCUACUAUUUUUGAUAAGGUUUUCCGAUGCCUUCCCAGUGAUGAAGUAAAUAACUUAGUCCAGCUACGGGAUUUCAUCACCAAACAAAAGCUUGCUUGCGAAAAUCCAGCUAAAGCAGCAGAAGAACUCAAAAAGAUCCAUGGAUUUCUAGUCCAGUUCCCCUUUCGUUUCCUGGAUGAAGAAAAUUUGCUUCCCUCUGUUGGUACAAAAGAAGCCAUAGUGCCUAUGGAGACUUGGACCUAAGAGGAUUCUGCUUGUGAUGGAUUGUUGUUUUAUAAAACAAUAACAGGGCUCCUUGGAGACCUAUUGAAUGGAUUAUGGUUGCAUGGGACCUUUUUGCCAUUGGAAGAAAAGUCUGUGCCAACCCAAAAGUGCCUUUUGGUGGAAAAAUCUCAGAGAAGAUAACAGUGUAGCAUGGAGGAACGCUGAAAACAACCGAUAACUGACAAGUUCUGCUCACUGAUAAAAGCAACCUGGAAGGGAAGAGAAUGCAGUCCACUGUCAUGAAAAGAUCAUAAAUCACAUUUCAAGACACUUCAUUUAUUCCAUGCAUGCUUAGUCUACAUCGCUGGCUGACUCAAACUGAAAUCAGAAGCUGUUUACCGUAAAUAACAGGGAGAAGACGUCUGCUUACAGCAUCCAUUUCUCAUGCCAGAAAAGUGGCAUCAGUGCUAGCGAUAGCCACAGCUCCUAGGAUUUGCUCCUGUACCAGGCAAAGUGAAUUUGCACCCAUGUGUCCAGUUUAAGAGCAGUGCACUGAAAACUUAGCUAUAUGCCAUAAGCAUGCAUGUGCUGUAACUGUUAUGAUGCAUCUAUGGUAGUUUGUAGGCUAUUUGCAUUGGUUAAACUUGCUGAUCCUGGGUUAUCUAGCUAGAGCUUCUUAUUGUCUUAACUACUUUUUUGUAUUCUGUAAAUUGUGUAACAACUGCUGAGAAACACUGCACGGCGCCACUUUGGGCAUGAUUGUGAUCACUGUCUAUUGAGUAGAUCGUAAAAGUUUGCACAGAAGCUUCUCAGUUUUUUAAUGCCGUAUUUAGAACAAGAAAUACUUCUUGUCUUAGAGUGCCUGCAUGUUGUCUGUAACAACAAUAUGUAUUGGAAUUUUCUGAGACAGUUCUGGAAGACUCAAUACUUGUUGGUUUCCCAGGCUUAAUGGCCUGGAUAGCAUUAAAAAGUCUUUCACACCAUGGAUGGCCAGGGUAUACAGUCCCCUAAGAGGGACCAAGCAUUGCAUAGCUAGAGAAUUUCUUUGUCAAGACUAGAGUGUCCGCAGACAAACAUUCUAUAAUACAUUAAGAAACAGUUUGAGGUUUUGGUGUGGUAAGGGAGAAAGCCAGUUCUCUUUUGCUUCCCUUUCCCCAAGGAACUGUAAAUCUUCAUAUAGCAGAGGAACAACAGCAGAUUGCAUGAAAGAUAUGUGGAAGUAAAAUUAAAGAUGAAAGACCAUACUGCAGUAGUUUGCGUGCCAUACAUGUUCUAUCAUCCCAAUAGUAAAAGGAUCAGGUAACAAGUGAUGGGAAAGAGCUGUGUCUGAGACUCUAGGACUGGCUUCCUCAGCCUUCAGAAGUGUUGAUCUAGAAUUCACAUUGCUCAAGCCUGGGAGUUGUGCAACCCUUCUGGAGAACACCAGAUAGAGGAAGGCUACCCUGGGGCAGGGGUUGGCGGAAAGCAGAUCGCUUAGUCAUGCUGAUGGGCUUCUAGGAGUUGGAAUCCAGAACAUCUGCUUUCUGCCCGCUCCUUCCCCAGAGGAGUGCCAGAAACAGUACAAAAGGAUAAGCUAGAUGGAAAAGCUGUCUGAUUUCAUAGAAGGUACCUUCCUAUGGACAAUCCAACCAAGCUUAGUUAAGUAUUAUGGAAUACACAUGAAUGUGUUUUUUAGCAGAAAAUUUUACAUCAAGGAUAGCAGUUUGGCUCGUCUCUCUUUGGUAGCUCUGAACGUAUGGAAUUGAACUCUGAAUUUGACAUUUCCUGGAAGUGCAGAAAUAUGGUACUAGCUAAGGAAAAGAGAGCCCUAAUCCACCAAAAGAAGCCCCAACAGUUGACAGUAUUUCCAAUCCACUUUUUUCCCAAGGUUGUUCUGCUAACCUGCUCAACAGGGCACACCUGUCCACCGGUGUUAUCCUCAUUAGACUGCCACCAUCCCAUAGAAAAGUAUUAUCCCUUCUCCACAGUUCCCAUCUUGGAAAGACAAGUUGAUCAUGAUAACAUCACAGGGAUCUACACCCUUUUUAAUCUGGGGACACAUCCAUAAAUAACUGCAGGUGUUCAUUCAAAAGUGGACAUUAAUAAGAUUAAAAGGGAAAGCUAUGUGUACAGUGUUAAUUUUGCAACCAGAUUUAAGUCCUUGAUUAUGUGUUUCCACCUUCAGCCCUUUAGCUCAUCAUAACCCAAUUUAGGAAGCACUCCUGUUUAUGGAAGCAGCUUCUUUUUGAAAUGAUACCAAUUUCCCCCUCUUUCCCCACGAGGCUCAGCCAGUCACACUGGGGUGCUAAUGUCAACUUGGGAGCUAGACACAACAGACCUGAACAACCCAUGGGGAACUGCAGAGGCAGAAAUAUUCAUUCCAGUGUUAUCAUAUUCUGAUCUCCCUUACUGGGAACCUAUCAGAGCUGGUGAUGCAGCUUCAUUAGCAGCACUAGUCUUUGAUUGGAGCCACAGGAAACUAAUUGAAGACAUGCUUUCUGUAAAGGAAUUGAAGAAAUGUCCUUUAGCGUUAAAAGAUGAUGUCAGGGUUUCGUAGGCUCACUCCUAAAGCAGAACUGGCACUACCAUCUUCGGUCUAAGCGCUCUGUUGUCCAUAUUGUAAGCAAUCUAAUUAGGCAUAGAACAGUGCCCAAUUUACACUGAUAAAUAGGAAACACUCAAGGGCGAACCAAACACCCGGCUUAGCUGCAAGUUGUGGCAGUGCCUGCUAUUUCAUACCGCUAAGUAACAGUGAGGAUGGAAGUCACAUGCAUUCUUUGAAAUACGUGAUCCAGCUGUGUCUUUUGGUCAUUUAAUAAUUCAUGGCCAGCAGCCUUUUAGGAAAGAGCCUGCAUGGCUAAUGUGUGCCUCUGAUGCACUGCAUGUUGCUUUGGUCACCUUACAGUUCCUCAGGAAGGGUCAGGGUUUGCAGCUGCUUCU